CACCCCGGGCUCCUAACGGCAUGCAGCAUGGCAUGGAGCCUGGGGGACCCCGCUGACCCUGGGCUCUAUGGCUCUGAAAUGCACAAGUGCCCCUCCUUUGAAAUGAGCAAGAGCCCUGGCACGUUUCAAAGGAGGACUGCGGAAGUGCCUAUGGACUAGUCAAUAGAAAUUCUGUUGCUGAGUCAAUUAACUGCGUUUUAAUAUCGUAAGUCCCCAUCUCCCCCACUCCUCCUGCCUCAGACCCCACAACAGCCCCUGCUUCAUCUUCCACAGAGCUCCUCCACAGCCCCUAACUCCUCCUGACCUACCUCAAAAGCUCCCUUGUCCCAGACCCCCAUGUAUCCCCUCCCUGCAGUGUCCCUACUCGGUCCCCUGUCUUUUCUGUCACAACCACCCCUCCAUAUUUUUCCAUUUCUCCCCAACCUCUUGGCUACUGUCUACCAUGACCCAGGCUCCAGGGCAUCUCUAGGCAUUGCUGUAGGAAAGGGUUGUGCCCCACCCCUUGUUCAAGGACUCUCUCCCCUCCUAAUGCUGGCACGGUACCUUCUGGGACCCUCCCGGCCUUUUCAGAACCAGGCUCCAUGCUCUCUUUGCACAGGGCCACCAGCAUGUCUCUCACCUCAGCUAGCCUCAGUUAAAUUUUCCCUAUGGUAAGGAUCCUGAUUUGCUUGAACUGUUCCUUGCUCACUGUGCCGACUGCAGUGUUCUUACUUUGCAUCUCAGAAAUGCCCAAGUCCAAGGAGUUUGUGGAAACAGCCACUUCAGACAGUGGAUCUGAUGCUGCUGAGAAUGAAAAGAAAAGAAAAAAAGAGAUGCCCUCCAAGACAGAGAAAAAGCCAAAAACUGAGGCAAAAACUUCCAAGGUGGCAACAAAAAGUCAUAGUCAAGAUAGUGAAGAGGAGGACAUGUUCCAGAUUGGGAAGAUGCGCUAUGUCAGAGUGUCCUGCUUUAAGGGGAAAAUCCUUGUGGAUAUCCGAGAAUUCUACAUAGAUAAGGAGGGGGACACUAAACCUGGGAGAAAAGGGAUUGCCCUAUCUGCUGAACAGUGGAACCACUUGAAGGCGAUCAUUCCAGAUAUCGAUGCUGCAGUCAAGAAAUUCUAAGAUGUUGUUUAUUUAAAAUCUUGUAUUUUUCCUGGGUUUUUUCUUUUUAAUUGCUGUUCUGCAUUGGAUUCCAUCCUAGGGGAAAGGUUCAGUUGUUUAGAUUAUGAUAAUGCUUAAGAGGCUAGAGAUUGCUUUCAGGUUUUAAAAUAUAAUGUGGAAUAAAUUCAGAUGCCUAGAUUGUUUUGCUAAAAGAGGCUUCAGCCCCUUCCUGUCCCUACUGCUUUGUAGAAUGAAUGAUCCUGUCAGUGAUGAGAUGCAUGGAAGAGUCUGAUUUCUAACUGGCAUUUCCUGACCUAAAUGGCUAGUGACUAUCAUGCAGUGCUGUCUAGCUGCUGCACAUCUGUUGCAAUCUUCCACUUGAUUGCAUAUUAGUAAGGAGUUUAGUCCAGCUUCCUACCUGCCACCCUUCCAUCUAGGCUCUGGAAACUCUGCAGAUGGCAUUCUGGCUAUGUCAAGUAGUUCUUGUGUUUGGAACUCUUCCUGUUUGCCCACCUGCCUAUGAAGAAGGGGACUGUAGCAUUUCAGCAGAGAAAACAGCAGUAUACACAAUAAAUUUGUUUGCAUUACAAA